GAUCCAUGAGAUUUCCCCGCUCCAUGCUGCGCUCAUCUUUUACGAGAAGAGAUUUGCUGCGCAUCGCCGCGCUGCAGGGGAGGAUUCUCGCUCGCCGCGUUCCACGCACCUGCAUGAUUCAGCAGAUGAUGACCAGAGUGCUUGGAAACGGGUUGUGAUCGUAGAGGAUGAGGUGGAUUGCGGGGAGACAGUUGAAGAGCAUAAAGAGGCCAUCUUUGAUGCUGAGCCAGUGAGCCACACUGGGAGCACCAAGGACAGGUUCAUGCUCCUUGUCAAACGCACCGUGGAGAAGGCCAAUAAAGAAAACCGGGAAGGUGCAGCAAAGGCAAUGCCGUUGCACAAGCAUCGCGCAAACAUUCCUUCGCAAGGAGGUGGCUUCAAAGACUCUGCAGAAGGCUCAUUCUUUGCCGCCACAAGCAAAGGCAAGUCGUUUGUGAAGAAUCAGGGGGUGGAUCCGUAUAGGGUGCGUGUUGGAUGCAAGCGUUGCCAAGACAGUCCUGACCAAAAAGAUGCCGCUGCCAAAGGGAAACCAGUCUUCGAAUUCCAAGGGGGCAGUCACACCGGUGCAGAAGACUGUCCUCAAGAAGAAGAUGCCUGUAGAGUACCGAUGCCCCCUGCGUACCCACCUCCGCAAAGCACGGUUCGUGCGCCUUUGCAGAAGGGGGGCGCGUUGCUGCCACCUCCUCCCCCGCCACCGGCGGCGGCGGCGGUGCCAUUGCCACCUCCGAGGCCCGUAGCUAGGGCAAUUUGCUCGGCCACAGGGAUUUUGAAGAGCUAUUCUAUCCUUGCUGCAUGCGCCUGUGGUUGGUUUGCUGCCUGCACUUUUGUGACCGCGGCAGGCCUGACCCGUGUACGUCCUGAUCAAGCUGGCAGGGGCUUUUACUUUGACGAUCACUUUCGCAACCAUGAUGGCAGAUGGUUCGCGCAGGGGGCCUCAAGAGUUUGCCUGCCUUUCUUGGGCGGCUUUUACCUGGCCUUGGACGCUUUCGUGGACGCGGAAGCAAAGGAAAAUCCACGAAUCUCGAGGCCAUCAUUGGAUUUUUCGUUGCGCGCCUAUUCUCAGGCAUGGCUGAGUUGUGCCAAGCUUUGUUUCCGGAGUUUAGUUCUGUGGCCUGCAGUUUUCAAUGUCUUGAAAGCACGUUGGAAACAAUUGGAAAGCUUUGACUCGCGCAAGCAGCUGAAGACGGAGGACAUUGACAGCCAAGAAACGGAUCCAGGACCCACGUUGGUGCGCUUGCAAAAUGUCAAGGUUUCAGAAAAGCUGUGGAGAGGUUCCGCGGGUUCCGCGCUCAUAAUUGUGCCUGUGCGGGUUCUGCGCCGUGCCGCGCUCAUUUCUGCGUUGUCGCGGGUUCCGCGCUCAUUUGUGCUUGCCAUUGUGCAGCAGAGGAAGGUAUGGCACACCUUGCAUUUACUGCACAGAUCCCGAAUCAGCUUGCUGGCUAAUGAGAUGGUGGCCGAACAUAUCGGCUCAUUGCUCCGUUUCAUCGAAAAACGGCAUGGUGUUGGCCGGUCACCGUGCACUACUUCCCUGGUCGAAGCUGUGAAGCUUCGGUUUGUCCGCUUAACUGGAGGAAUGCAGUGCUGCGCCUUCUUGAAAGCUGCGCUGCAUCAGCAUUUUGCUGAGAAGCGGCUGCAUUUCUUUGUGACAAGCCGCGCGCGCAAAUGGAAGCAGAGCAGUGGGAUGAGGAUGGCAUGGGGCCACUGGCUCUAUCACCGACGCUUUGUCGUUUGCGAGAGGUGCCUCGUGGACGUGGUCGAUUUUUUUAAGACCUAA